AUGGCAUCCUGCGCAGGCUAUGCGAAGCUGACAGUGGCUCAGCUUAAGGCAAAGUGCUCGGAUCUGGGUUUACCAAAGUCAGGGCGCAAAGCCGACCUGGUGGCUCGCUUGGAAGCCAAAGUUGCUACACAGGCCAGCCACAAACCCUCCAGCUCCGAGUUUUUGGUGGGAGACAAGGUCAUGGCCUUGUACGAAGAAGAGGCAAAAGAGUAUGAGGCCACCGUCCAGUGCCACAACGGCGACGAGUCUUACCUGAUCACCUGGGCACAGGACGGGUACGAACACACUCAGAAGGGUAGUAGCAUGAGGCUCCUCAAGCGCAGGGACAAGCCUUUUCGCUUCGCAGCAGGCGACAAAGUAGAAGGCCUAUUCCACGAAGAGGACAGAUGGUAUGCCGCUCGCAUCAAGUGUGUCAACGAUUCUGGCUCCUAUACCGUGAUCUGGGACGAAGACGGUGAGGAGUACGAGCUUGAGGAGAAGGACAUGAAGCCCUCCGUACCGCCAAUACCACUCUCCGCCUUGAAGCCCCACCAGAAUUUCACGGGCACAGCAGCAAGGACGUUUACUUUCGGAACGUUCGUUGACAUUGGCGCUGAGCGAGAUGGUUUGCUGAAGCCUUGGUUCACUUUCGAGGGCAAAGAGCCUACCUUCAAGAAGGGUGACAAGGUCAAGGCAUUCUAUGACGAGGACGAGGAGUACUACGACGCAAUCGUCCAGAAGGACAAUGGUGAUGGUACCUACGACAUAAUUUGGGAGGAGGACGACGAGGAAUACACGUGCGGUUCUGAGGUGACCCAGAAUUUUCCUGAGGUGUCAGUUGCUGUGGGUGACCUGAGGGCGGACAAGUCGAAGAUGGAGCUUCUGCGCCUUGCGGGACUUGAGGAGGGAAUGAAGGCAGCUCGGCACUGCUGUCUUGUACUUCUGCUAUCUUCUGCUCAGGGUUGA